AUGCGGAGCUGCCCUGUGUCUGCAGACGAGCGUAGGCCUGGUGCGGCAGCAGGCGGGGACUGUAACGGCACCCCAACGGAUUCGUGUCCCCCGUCGCAGGCGCCAACUCAAGUGAGGACGAUGGACCUGUUGGACGAACUGUUUGCUUCCCCGCCGGUUACGACGCCGUCGCUGAGUGAUUGGGUUGGCGAGGCGCCAGUGAAAGCGGAUGAUGCGGCGGGUGCAGGGAUGCCGCGUGAGGAGGGGCAUGCCGCUGCUCCACUGCCGAGGCUUUCCAUUGGGGCUUCGGCGGUGCCGGGCUCUAGUGGAAGCGGCAUGACGUCAGCCCUCAGCCCAACGGAGCUGGAGGAGGUAGUGUCGGUGCUUGAGCGAAUUUUGAGCGACGAUGUUCCUCGCUGGUAUGAGGCAGGUGCUAUCUUGCGCGGCCUUUCGGCUUGGGGGGCACGCAGCAAUGCACCGCAGCCGAUAGCGCGCAAAGUAGCGAGAGAUCUCCCACUUGAGUUUUUUUUCCAGAGCGAGCACACGGGCAAGAGCCACUGUGGUUUUGUUUCCAUGGCGCCUUUUUUGGAAUUUGAACAGACCUUCCAGCAUGUUUCGGUCUUUCCAGUGUUGCAGAUCCCACCGCUGGCCUCUACCCUCCGCCAAUGUGUGCAGGAUUGGGUGGAAAGCCACGGUGGGGUACGUGCAGUCUUGCUGAACUCGACUCUGCUCUUGGAUCUGGAGGCGUUGUUGGAGAGCGUCAAUGAGGUGUUUGCCGCCUCGGCCGCGACGUUGCCUCAGUCCGCGUCGGAGGCCUUGCUUCUUUCAUCCCUUACAGACACAUGCCGGUACUGCAUACAGUUGACGUGCACAUGUAUUCCUCAUCGGGGUGAGUCUUUCUCAGGAACCACCAUGCAGGCGGUGAUGCAUCACAAUUCCGCCAUUAUCUCCCACGUCGAUGAAGAGCUGAAAAAUCAUGCAAAUAUUCUUCAUUUGCUGGGUGUGGCACGCUCCACUGCCUAUCAUCGAUGCUCAGAAGAUGUGCAAGCCAACGUUUCUCCCCUUAUUGCCGAGCUUCUUUCUCUCUUGGACACUUUUUCCUCGUCACCCGUGCCGCCGUUGGACAAGACGAAGGGGCCAGACAGACGUUGUAGAUUGAGCGGUCUCCGGCUAACUUCCUCUGACACGUCCCAGGUGCUGGAUGACUUCGUCUACCGCUACUGGAAAGUGUCGGUGAGGGGCCCCGUACCCGCGUAG